AUGCGUGCCUUGGACUUCGGCAACUUGACCCAUCCUGGUCCCGAUGGUUCCAAGACCAGCCAGCCGCAGAUGUACUUUUUGUGCUACAUGAACGAUCGUUGGAAGGCCAUGCUUCUGCAUAUUCCUAAGAACGCUGGAAGCUCAGUCGCGGAGAACCUGGCAGAUAUAUUUUGUGCAGCAACUGAAAAUGCGACAUGCGACACCAAAGAGCAAAGGAUGAAACAUUUCAAGAUAUCCGAGAAGUGUGUGAAGAAUCCAUCUUAUUUCUCUUUUGCCUUCACAAGAAACCCGUGGGAUCGCGCAGUGUCUUUCUGGAGCUACGGGCUGAAAAGGAGGCAGCUGGCUGUCAAGGACUUGAAGAAAAGAAAAGAGCUUGCGGCAAAGUACUGCAGCUUCAGACAGUUCCUCUUCAACAAGGGGCGCGGAGGGUGCGGGUACCACACGGAGUAUGAGCAAUACCCUCUCAUCUACGACUCCAAGGGUCGGCCAGGGCUCAACUUCCUCGGCCGAGUUGAGCACUUCCAGCGAGACUUCCAGGCGAUCUUAAUGCGGAUCGACCCCACGGGGAAACUCCUGGCCGUCUACCGUAAGCUGGGGUUUGUGAUGCACAACGACUCGGGGCACAGACCCUACCAGGACUACUACAGCGACGAUGAGAUGAAGACAAGAGUGACUGCCAAGUGGCCACAGGACGUGAAACUGGGAUACACAUUCAACUUCACGGGGGUCAAGAUGAACAUCACGACUUACGCUGACGGUAAGCCUGCAGCAGAGCUCAUGUUUGGGGAUGUCGCGUAA